CCCGUCCAGGACCGCGUGGCUGAUAUACAUACAACAAUACCAAUGCUUAGCUCUCAGCUAUGCAGUCGAUAUUUGCAAAUGAAAACUCCCUUUUCACGUUUGAACGCCCAUAUCCCGUACAUGCGUGAGGUAUAGAGUCAACUGGCGAUACAGUGUCGUAGAGUGGGCCUAACACAGGCGAUAACUCGGCUCAGCUCCUGCUUCCUAGAUCAUUUUGGAUUUAUUCUCUUGAAGGAUUCUACUUUUAUCCAAUUCAUGAAUUGAUAUGACUCCAUAUUUUCUGUCAUAAACGACAAGAUAUAUACUGAUAAAAAGUUUUGUGUGUGGAAAACUUCUAUAAUGGCAAAUCAUGGGUUCGCGCGUUUUUAAGAAGGGACGUCGGAAUCCUGCGUUCUGUUGUGUGCUGGAACUACAUGGAUAAUUAUGUGAUUAUUAGGCAUAUGAAGUUGUUCUACGUUGAUUUAAAAUGACUGCGGAGUGUUAUUUGGAAUUGAAGUUGCUGUCUGUCGCAUUCAUCGGAUUAUUCCUCUCUCUCUUACUGGGGUUUCUGACCAGUACCAGUGCCUUUCCCGAAGACGACAGCACAAAGAUUCCAUUUUUUAAUCCACGUCCUACAAACGUGUCCUACAACACAGGUGAAACCGCCGUCCUCUCGUGCUCCGUGAUGAAUGUCGACGCUCGAUACGUCGUUUGGAGGCGUACCUCGGAGCCAAACCCCAUCAGUUUUGGAGAGUAUAUCUACAGUCCCGACCCACGUUUCAACGUCAGCAGAAACCCCCGGAGACACGAAUGGAAUCUGCGUAUCCGGGACGUCCAGCUAACGGAUGGAGGCGUGUACGAAUGCGCCAUCUCAUCACGGAAGAAGUACAUCCGUCAUGUUUUACUCAGGGUCUACGAGCGGCCGACCACAGCCAAGCCAACCGUUUCAAUGACAGGGUCAAAGUUUGUGACCAAAGGGGAGACAAUCAGUUUACAGUGCAAUGCAACGGGCUCAUAUCAUGCCCCGGAUGACAUAGACUGGUUUAAAGAUGGGAACAAAUUAAUCCCAAGUGUUACGAACAAUAUAAAAGUUAAUACUGAGCUCAAGUAUGAGGAUCGGACGCUUACCAGUAUGUUAGUGGUGAAGCACUCUAAGUUAGAGGACGCCGGGAUUUACGUGUGUCGCAGCACAGACCUGGAGAUCGCCAGCAAUCAUGUUCACGUGCUGGAUGAAGGGGAAUCACGUCAUAACGUCAAAAGAGUGUCCGGUACGUCCAAUGGUGGAAAAAAUCACUGCUGUAUUACCUUCUCCAGCCAUUUUGCAAGAAUAUUAGCCGUUUCAUUGACAUUUAAUUAUCUGAUACAACAACUGGCGAAGACGUGACAAACACUAUACGGACACCCAAAGGAUGCUCACCUUCUCGUUCUCACUAUAACGUCCAUACAAUAUGCAAGGGAGCAGCAAGUCAUCAUUGGUUUAUCUCCUCUGCGCUAGCUGGUUCAUUUCGAUUAAGCUAUCAAUACAUUAUAGUUCAGUUUAAGUGUUUAUGAUUACAAAGUAAUAAGUUUAUUUAAAAAACAAUUGAUGAUUUUGUUACUCAAAAUACCAUAUUAGCAGUCGUUAUUAGAUUUGAUCAACUAAAUCAGCUACUGGUUUGGAAAUGAAGUUAAAUUGUAUGUCUAGCUAUUGCACAUUGAUAUUGAUAUACCGUAUACCAACGCCAUUGGCCGGAUUUGUAAAUUUGCUUAGAUUUUUGUAAGCCGAAUGCAUUUUUGGAAUUGGACAGUCUAACAAGGUUCAAAAUGCAUAAAUAAUGUUUAUGUCGUAGGUCAGUAUAUUCAAAACACCUGACAAAAAUCUUAAUACUCACUGUGCAGUUUUAGUUAUGUAUUUUAGUAACUCCGAACAAUAUCUUUCAGUUCUAUACAGACAUAUGGGGAGAGAGAUAUUAAUACAUAUUAUUUAUAUAUGAGAAGUUUUAUUGCGUUACGUUAAGUUGUUUAUGAAUUCAAUAAUUUAUAACUUAUUAUGAUAAAUUGUAAAUUUGCUUAGUUUUAUGUAAGCCGAAUACAUUUUUGGAAUUGGACAGUCAAACAAGGUUCAAAAUGCAUAAAUGUAAACGAUUAUGUCGUAGGUAUCUUAAUACUCACCGUGCAGUUUUAGUUAUGUAUUUUGUAUAAAACUCCGAACAAUAUGUUUCAGUUCUAUACAGACAUAUGGAGAGAGAUAUAUGUCUGCAUAUUAUUUAUGUAUGAGUAGUUUAUAAUGCGUUAUGUUAAUUUGUUUGUGAAUUCAAUAAAUGAUAACUUAUGAUGAUAUUAUUUUUCAUGAAAUGUUCUAGUGUAUAUGAUACCGUGUGGAAACAUUAUCUAUAAGAUUUAUAUAAUUAUUGCCUUCAUAGAAUAUGAAUGAGGCUGUCAUGUAUGCGUGUGGUGUGUACUGACGUGCGUGUGAAUGUGAGUGUGCAAUAUGUACGUAUGUGUUGUAAAAUGGGUAAAUAAACGGAAAUAUAUAUUUACAUCAAGUUUUGGUCAGGUUUUGAUGAAAAUAUCUUUUAUCGAUUUCUAUCAAGACAUAAUAGAUUAAUAUCUGAUGAAAUGGAGGUAUUUUGAUCAUUCAAAUAUUCGAUACAUUCAGUAAACACUACAGCGAGUAGCCCUUAACCAAUACAUUAUAACAAUACAAAUGUCAGACAGUGCACACAAUUACAAAAAACAAUCCGAAACAGAAAUGGAAUCAAUUGUAGUCCUGUUUUUAACCAAUAAGAAUAUGUAAAUCAAAAUAGUGAAACAGUUCAACUGUUAAAUCAAUUAAUUUCGUCCAAAAGUUUUUACUAGCUAAUACAAAGCUGGCUCUUAACUGCUUUGUUAUAUUCAAAAAUGCAAAGUUAACAGUCAAUCCGUUUCAAAUAUUUCAACCGAUAAUACGAGAUUAAAAUAUAUAAAUAUGUUUAACACAAACACAAUCACGGUUUGUACCAAGAAUCAGAGUCAGUAUUCGUGAAACCGUUGUCAUGCUAAAGCAUGGAUUCUGUGCUCAAACACACAUUCCGGUCGAGAUGUCAGUUUUAAACAUUGAAAACAGUUUUUCUAAUUAUUUUCCAAAUCAUUGACAAAUUGAAUACUCACCGAAACAAGAAACAAGGGUUUCAAUCAAGAAUCCGAGCUAGUACAUGAGAGCGGUUUCGUGAAUAAGGGCCCUGAAGAUAAAAUUGUUAUAUUCAAAUUUGAUUUUAACAAAUUUGUUUCAAAUGUACCCUGUAAAAGAUUUAGACCUAAUUUGAUAACGCUCUUGUUCUAAUUUUACAUACUAAAGACAUAACAGAAUUAGAUUUUUUGGAUUAUUAGAUUUAAAUAUUUGUUAAAUUAAUUGUUGUUCUGCGACGAAAAAAACAACAUGUGUCAUGUAGUAUAUAGAGGAAGAUGGUUAAUUUGUUGAUCAUGUAUAUUUAACUUCACUAGGUUGAUAUCAUCUAUACAAGAUAUAUACAUUAUAUGACUACCACAUGUAACUGAUGUAUGCUUAGGAACUUUGCUGGUACAUGAACACUAACAUGUAUGUACAUGUUAUUGUAGUAAUCAGAAAACUUUUAGAAAAGAGCGUUAUUGAUAAAAUAACAUUUUGUCCAUCAGAACCUGACUAUAGCUCUACAGCCAUAACUACGUGUGUAACACAUUUAUCAAAGAGUGUAAUGGUCAUUAUCGGUAAAUGUCUGGUAUUUUCAUAUUUAUGACAUUUUUAACCUCGUGUGAUUUAGUUCCUGUUUAUAAUUGAUCUUUUUAAACACAUAUUGUUGAUAAUAACGUUGUAUGUAUUCUUAUGUUUUAUAUUUCAUGUAGCUUGAUAUGCAAGUACGACGGUAGUGAUACAGCCUAUCUACAAAAUGUGUUGUGUCAAUAAUAUCAGUAGUGUUUCAUCAAUCAUACUAUGGUUAGUUAAUUGUUAUGGCACUUUGGUUCUCUUGUAUACCAAAAAUACAUUUGUUUUAUAUAAUAUGAUAGACCAUAUGACAAGUUUGAUAACGACACAGAGCGCGAUAAUUGACCCCCUUCCAUGAACAUGUGAAAAACAAUCAUUUAACCCAUCGCACGUGUACUGCCCUAGUGAGACGUUCGGAUGGGUCACGUGAUAUGAUCAGGUGCUCGGGAAGUGUAUUUACUACCACGUGACAACCGUCGUGAGAUCACAUGUUACAUUCACCGACAACGCCCACACGAUAUUACCCACUUCAUACAUGUAUCAUGUUAGUAAGAAAUGUUUAUAUGUGAGAUCUACUUAUAUAUGUGACAGUUGUGUUAAAGUAGAGACUAAAUACUGUUAAAUUGCAUGGUUACUUAAACUCGGAGCUUAUUUGCCACUUUUAUAAAAAAAAAUCCAUCAAAUUAUGCUCGAAGUAUUGGUUUUGUAGCUUCUGAAUUUACAAAAUGUGUUCCUUUUUUGUCGACUGUUUAUGAGCAAUGUUGUUUGGUUGCAAUUCCUUUAAGUAAAAAGAUUUUAUUUCAAUUAUUUCCUUGCUAUGACUUCCAUCAAAUGUAAUUAAUUGGUCUGCUUCUGAUCAUUGAAUAAGUUAAGUUAUCUAAAUCUUGGAUCGGAACAGUUUAUAAUGAGUUGUCCCGACAUUAAUAUUUCUCAAAUAUCUUUAAUUUCCCACACAAACCGCUAAUAAUAAAUGUUCGAUAGAAUCCUGGCGUGCGAUGUCUGUUUCCUCUGUCACGUCUAAUUCUGCUCACGCACGUGUCAAUGCACGGCCAAGCGACCCGCCUGUCUGCGUGUGUGUGUGUUUGGACUGAAAGUAAAUAUACCUCAAUAUUACUGUACAUGUUCGAUACGCAAAUAUAUUUUCUUAUAUGAUGAGAGAAACGCAUUAUUGUAAUUAGUUUAUUUAAAUAUCAGUCAAUGUGACUGGGCCAUUACUAUUUAUUAAAUUUGUAUAUAAAAUGUAUAAUGAUUUGUACGAUUGAAUCAUC